AUCUUGGAUCAUCCGGGAGCGGCGGCGGCACUGCUGCUGGCUGAGGGGGGAAAAAGAGGGCGCCCGCUUGGUGGUCUCCUCUUCCUCCUUCUCUUUCACCACAGGAGCAAAGAGCGAGGCCCGGGGCUGUACGAGACCCCGCUGAGGGAGCUGCGGAAGAAGGGCCUCCCCGCCCCCCACCCUGCUCGGCCUGAGCCUGCCCUUUUUUGGGGUAGGAGGGUGGCGGCAGCGGCAGCUGCGAAAGGACUUGGAACUUCUGCGGGAGAAGGAGGAAGAGGAGAGGGCGCGAUUAAGCCAUGAGAGCCGAGGCCCGGUGAAGCGGGGCUGGGGUCCGGGGAGAGAGAGAGAGAGAGAGAGAGGCGGCUGAGGGAGACAGAAGCCUCCUUUGAGCAGCCGGUUGCUGCUUCCUCAGCGGAGUGCUUCAGAGAGGACGGAGGUGGUGGUGGUGCAGAAAGCGGGUGUUAAUCCUCCCCCUUUACUCCUUCAGUAGCCUCUUAGUUGGACUCUGUUGCUGCAGCUCCCUGCACCCCGCCUCGCCCGCAGCUCCCUCCCUUUUGCAAGCUGCUAGUCUCUUCUCGUCUCCCUCUCUUUCCCCUAAUCCCAGCCCCUUCUAACACGCGCACACUUCUCCCCCCUCCUCUUUUUGCACUCCAUGAGAAUCCCCCUCCUCUUUAAUCCGCCGCCACCACCUUCUAAGGAUCCUAAUCUGUCUGUAGGAUGAUCCCUGAAGAAUCCGAGGGGCAUACAAUGCUCCAUUAUCAGACUGGAAUAUAGAUGAGAAAGAGGGGUCGUGGUGGUGGUGGAAAUCACCCAAAUUUCCCUCCCCACACUCCCUUUUUCUUGAUGGUGGCACUUCAUAACCACUAUCAUGCAGUAAAAUCACACGUAUUUUGUAAAUAUAUAUAUAAGUAUUUCGGGGGAGAAGGGUGCUAGGAUUUUUUAUUAUUAUUUUUAUAUAAUAUAUAGCUGGAUUUUGCCAUCACAAACAGUGCUUCAGCACAAGUGAAUGAAAAUGUCCACUAGAACUCCAUUGCCCACCGUGAAUGAACGCGACACUGAAAAUGAUGCCGGAACAUCAGUAGGGGAAGGCUUUUGUGAAAAGCACACCUCUCAUGGUGAAGGACGGCAAGACGUUUCAUCUCGAACUAGUCGCUCUGGGGCCCGCUGUAGGAAUUCUAUAGCUUCCUGUGCAGAUGAACAGCCCCAUAUUGGGAAUUACCGACUUCUUAAAACGAUUGGAAAGGGGAAUUUUGCAAAAGUGAAGCUGGCCAGACACAUUCUUACUGGCAGAGAGGUUGCAAUAAAAAUAAUUGACAAAACUCAAUUGAAUCCAACUAGUCUACAGAAGCUGUUCAGGGAAGUAAGGAUAAUGAAGAUUUUAAAUCAUCCCAAUAUAGUUAAAUUAUUUGAAGUAAUUGAAACUGAAAAAACACUCUACUUAAUCAUGGAGUACGCAAGUGGAGGGGAGGUAUUUGAUUAUCUAGUUGCACAUGGAAGAAUGAAGGAAAAGGAGGCAAGAGCUAAAUUUAGACAGAUAGUAUCUGCAGUGCAGUAUUGCCACCAAAAGCAUAUUGUUCACAGAGAUCUCAAGGCUGAAAAUCUACUGCUUGAUGCAGACAUGAACAUUAAAAUAGCCGAUUUUGGUUUUAGUAAUGAGUUUACAGUUGGAAAUAAACUGGACACCUUUUGCGGCAGCCCCCCAUAUGCUGCUCCAGAACUCUUCCAAGGAAAGAAGUAUGAUGGACCUGAAGUAGAUGUUUGGAGUUUAGGUGUCAUUCUUUACACCCUUGUGAGUGGAUCUUUGCCUUUUGAUGGACAGAAUCUAAAGGAACUGAGAGAGAGAGUGCUGAGAGGAAAAUACAGGAUUCCUUUUUACAUGUCAACAGACUGUGAAAACUUGCUAAAACGUUUCCUGGUGCUAAAUCCAACUAAAAGAGGCACUCUUGAGCAAAUUAUGAAGGACAGAUGGAUCAAUGCAGGUCAUGAGGAGGAUGAACUUAAACCUUUUGUUGAACCAGAGCUAGACAUCUCGGACCAGAAGAGAAUAGACAUUAUGGUUGGAAUGGGGUAUUCUCAAGAAGAAAUACAGGAAUCCCUUAGUAAAAUGAAAUACGAUGAAAUCACUGCUACGUAUUUGCUACUGGGGAGGAAAUCAUCAGAGUUGGAUGCCAGCGACUCAAGCUCCAGCAGCAACCUUUCGCUUGCUAAAGUCAGGCCAAGUAGUGACCUCAACAACAGCACUGGACAAUCCCCACAUCACAAAGUGCAGAGGAGUAUAUCUUCCAGCCAGAAGCAACGACGGUACAGUGACCAUGCUGGUCCAUCUAUUCCUCCAGUAGUGACAUAUCCAAAAAGAAGUCAGACAAGCACUACAGACAGUGACCUCAAAGAAGAAGGGAUUCAAUCACGGAAAUCUAGCAGCAGUGCUGCUGGAGGGAGAGGAAUUGCUCCUGCUAGUCCUAUGCUUGGGAAUGCCAGCAAUCCAAAUAAGGCUGAUAUUCCCGAGCGGAAGAGAAGUUCUGCUGCACCCAAUAACAACACUGCACCUGGAGCCAUGACGCGGCGAAAUACAUACGUUUGUAGUGAAAGAACAGCUGCAGACAGACACUCAGUCAUUCAAAAUGGCAAGGAGAGCAGCACUAUUCCUGAUCAAAGGACACCCGUCGCUUCAACUCACAGCAUUAGCAGUGCAACAACACCUGAUCGCAUCCGUUUCCCAAGGGGAACUGCCAGUCGUAGCACUUUCCAUGGCCAGCUCAGAGAACGGCGCACCGCCACUUACAACGGACCCCCUGCAUCGCCCAGUCUGUCCCACGAAGCAACACCACUUUCACAGACGCGAAGCAGGGGCUCCACUAAUUUGUUCAGUAAAUUGACUUCAAAGCUGACAAGAAGAAACAUGUCAUUCAGGUUUAUCAAAAGGCUCCCGACUGAAUAUGAGAGGAACGGGAGAUAUGAGGGCUCAAGCCGUAACGUGGCCGUCGAUCAGAAGGACGACAACAAGGAAGCCAAGCCCCGCUCGCUGCGAUUCACGUGGAGCAUGAAAACCACCAGCUCCAUGGAUCCCAAUGAUAUGAUGAGGGAAAUCCGCAAGGUCUUGGAUGCCAAUAACUGUGACUAUGAACAGAGGGAGCGUUUCUUGCUUUUCUGUGUCCACGGGGACGGCCAUGCAGAAAACCUGGUGCAAUGGGAGAUGGAGGUGUGUAAGUUACCAAGACUGUCCCUGAACGGAGUUCGCUUUAAACGGAUAUCGGGAACAUCUAUAGCUUUUAAAAACAUUGCUUCCAAAAUUGCCAAUGAAUUAAAGCUGUAAUGAGAAGAGCAAUCAAGUUUGUAAAUUUAAAGUAGCAAUUUCAAGUGGUUUUUUUUUGGGGGGGGGGGGGAGAACUCCAGUGGAAAUGUAUAGAAUAAUAUUUAGGGCAAUAACUUCUGCAUCUUCUGAAUCAUGAUAUUAAAAACAAACAGUUGAGACAAGCUGCUGAGCUGGGAGGGAGAGUUGGACUUUUUUUUAUAAGUGCACUACAGCAUUAAAGUUGCCUACUAUGUAAAA